AUGGCGCAAAGCUGGUGGCAUUUCCAGAGUGCUGGAUACCCGGCUACCCUGCUUGGAUCUGGUCAGUCUGUCAAUCACGAGAUUGCUGUCAAAAUCCGAAUCAUGCUGAAAUCACGGAACCAGGGCACGCCCAGUCGACUUCGAGCUCUCAACGGCAUAUAUCAAGAACUCCUUAAAGUACUGGGCUUCAGCGAGAAUGACCACGACUCGCUCUACAUCGCACAGGCGAUCAUAAGCGCUGAAGGCAAACCCGAGGUUCUGCAUCGAAAGCUCAAGGCCACACACAUGGAAAGAACAAUAUUUGGCGAUGCAUCAGGCUCUUCUCUUGACAACGUUGUGCAUCUGCCGGAAGUCGGGCGUGUUGGUGCACUAGCUUGCUGGGAGCAUGCGCAGCCGCUCCUCAAGUACCACACCUACCAUCAAAAUGAAACCAUCCAUGUUGCGGCUUGGCCACCAGUAUACGAACAUGAUGGAGGUCCGGACCUUUGGUCCAUGAGUAGCAAAGCAAUGAUUAGCGAAGAGGGGAUAUCAAAACUCCGAACGAGCUCUGGCGGUACUAUGAACUACCCUGGUGGAGGCAGCUCGGCCGUUUUUGGUCCAGAUGGGCGCUUGUUGGCUGAAGGUCCUGUAGGGACAGAAGAAGGCUUUGUAUAUGCGGACCUGCAGCCCGAUGAUAUCCUGAAGGCAAAAGGCUUCCUGGAUGUUUGCGGUCAUUACAGUCGACCCGACAUGCUAUGGUUAGGCGUCGACAAGAAAGAGAAGACGCAUAAAUUCAUCCCAGAAGUCACAUUUGUGCCAAUCUGCGAAAAGGGAUUUUAUCGCCGCCAAAACACUGAGCAUGGGAGGUCUGCAUGA